AGUCCGAGACACCCUACAGUUGAAAGUGAUUUGGUUGGAAUUUAAAUUACAUAACUUCUGCAUUGGGAAAGAACGAACUCAACUUUCAUCCGUUUUGGGCUAAUAGCCGAGACAAUUUAUUCGAAGUCUACCAUUUUGUUAUUGAAUAAUGUUGUGGUCAUUGAAGAAUCCCAUGCUGAACGCUGAAUGUUGCCAUUUGCCAUAGCGUACAUUAUGUGAUUUUAUAGGAAUGAAAACAAACAUUGCUUGCAACGGGCUUUAACGUCAUGUUCCAAUCAAUCCCCUCCGAUUCGUUUUAUGGUGACAGCCCCUCUGCCUACAAAGAACUGGAAACACCAAAGCCGCUGGACCGUCGGUUGCUUCUGAAAAACAGACCUGGCUCAUUGCUAGAAAACUCGAGGACUUGGAAAGUGUUCGACCGACAAGAUGAAGCCCUAGCGUUUGCCCAGGCCAGGGGAAACGGUCUCAAGACCUUCGUCUUUCACGCAGGUGGUACUGGCACAAGACAAUUUCUCGUCACUCACCCUCGCGAAUUUUGGCUCCACGACCAGCUGAAGGAGCCGCACCAGAGGUGCUCAUAUGAAGUCAUUCCAGAGUUCACGCCAUGCAAGCUUUAUCUAGACCUUGAGUUUGACAGGCGGCUUAACCCUGAGAGCAACGGCCCAGAUAUGGUGGAAAUUUUCAUCAGGUUGAUCACCGCUAAAAUCAAGCAGCAGUACUCGAUUUUAGUGACGCGAGAAGAAAUACUUGACUUGGACUCCACCACAGAGAUAAAGUUUAGCCGACACUUGAUUUUACAAAAUCAACUUUGCCACUUUGCCAACAACUAUGUUGUAGGCGUCCUAGUGAGAGACGUUUGCAACACGAUCAGAUGUUGGAACGAUCAAAUCAGUGAGCAAUACGGAAUCUCGAGUGAUGAUGUGAAAAAGCUCUUUGUGAAGAACAGACACGGUGAUUUGGUGCUAUUCUGUGAUGAAAGUGUUUACACUAAGAACCGGCAUUUCCGACUGUAUUGCUCCACCAAGCCCCACAAGAAUGCGCCUCUGAAGGUCAGCAAAGAAAACCAAUUCAAACCCCCAAUCAAUGACUCAAAGCUAAGAGAAGAGUUCAUUUUCCACGCCUCACUCAUCUCUAACAGUGAAAAGUUUUUGAUGGAUCUGCCCUAUUUGGAAGCAAGUGAUGGAGUAAUCACUCGGUUGGCCAAAGCUCCGAAAGUGCAUGCAAACAGUUCGUCUAGUAAAUUGCCAUCGCCCUUUCCUGACGUGGACCAAUUCGUACGAGGGGAGAUGGAAGUUGAGGGGAUCCGGACUUGGGUUUACUUUAAAGACAGUAACUGCCUGAUCUACGAUAGCCAAGGACCUGCCUUCUGCGGAAAUGUUGGCCGAGUUCACAAGAGUAAUAAGAGCAUGUUGAUUGUGAAUUUGACUCAGUUAAAUUACUACAGAAAGUGCCACGAUCCAGACUGCAGAGGCUACCAGUCUGAGCCGAAGUCCUUGCCUAGUUAUUUAGUGACUUUGUUGCAAAACCCUGGCUGCUCAAGUGAAAUUAAAUCCGAGUUGAAGAAUAUUUUCGAACUAUUAGAGUCAGAUGAAAAUAUUUUAUGUGAUGACUAUUAAGACUUAAUGCAAUAAAAAUGGUUGCUAUUUGAAUCUUGAA